AUGGAGGCGUGUUCCGCCCAGCUGCCGCAAGGCUUCACCAACUUUGUGGAGCCCAGACGUAUGCAAGUCUUCAACAUCCCGUGGCUUCCGCAGACUCCUGUCACAAACGUGGUGCACGAAGUCAACCACUACAUCCAUUUCCCCACCCCGGCGCCCCCGGCGGCGCCCGCGCCCCCGUCCCUGGACGACUUCGCGCCGUCCCCCCCGGAGCAGAGCGAGAUGGACAGGGCGAAGGAGCUGCAGCAACAAGAGGCUGUCGUCUACAAGUCAUCCUCUGAUGGUAUCUGCUCCACCGUGCCGCGGCCGGUCACGAACUGGGAUCCUGCCCAGCAGCUGGCCGACAAGGAGCGGGAGGCAGUGGCGAUUCGCUUCGAGAGGAGGACCAGGGUGACGAUCAAGCUGAAGACCGGCAAGGAGGGCUGUGGUCACAACUUUUUGUUCGCGGCCAAGGCCGGCACUGGCGACCGAAAGGGCAAGCUGGCUGGGGCCAAAUUGGCAAGCUGA